UGAAUUGCACCAGCAAGUGAGGCUGGGAUUCCAACAUCCAGAACAUACAACCAGAAACUAUCUGAAUACACGACAGUGAUAAAUAUUAUAUGAAAUAAUUUCCAUUAUUCGCAAGACAUGCCUCAAAUCAUUAUACGCAUCAGGUAUCCAUUGUAAUACUAAAACGGUUCAAUUGAGUCGGACUCAAUUGUUGCAGAAGCGUCGUGGUAAACCAGAUAAAGAAUUUUUGUGUUACUAUUGCCAACAUGAAAAAUCAGUGGCUGUGAAAAUAGAUAAUCAAUCAGGCGUUGGACUUUUAAAUUGUAGAACAUGUGGUGUAAAGUUUUCUACACGGGUUACACUAUUAGAUGAAGCAAUCGAUGUAUACGCGGUGUGGAUGGAUGUGUGCCGGGAGGGUCAAUUGGCUGAACCAUCGUCUAAAAUAAGGGAUACGGUAAAUCAUAAAAUUCCCCAAGAUAAAGGAAGUUCAACGGUUGAUCCAUCUAAAAUAGUACCAAUUAAACUAGCUACGUAUGGAUCAGACAUUUCUGGAACAGCUACAGGGGAAGAUUAUGUUGAUACGACAAUUCAAUCUAAGUCUCAUAAUCACGAUGUGAUAACUAAGUUCAUAAAUGACGAUGUUAUAUCCCCGGUGUUUUCGCGUAUAAGCGGUGGAACUCGUCGGAAGCGUAUAAUUGACGCUGUUGAUGAUACAAACUAUAUACCUGAGUUCACUGCAGGUGGGAUGGCUGAAGACAGCUUGUUCGAAGAUGAUUAAAGGCUCUUAUGCUAUUUUUUAUUGUUGAUAUGAAUCGUGAUUUUUGUUUUAUUGAGGUAUUUUCUGUUCAGUAACGGGGUGUAUGGAUCGACUAUUUAUCAUAUAAUGGUGGCAUCCAACCAUGAAACUAUA